AAUUCAUAAACAACAAACGCAUAUAUAUACGUACAUAGAUACAGUAAAGAGAUAGAGAAAAGCAGAGGGCGGGCUAGCCGGCCAGGACAUUCGAUCAAAAAAUGGCUACACAACACCCCCCUCGCUUAGAAGAAGAUUGCCAGGGUUUUCUUAAACUCUACAGUGACGGUUCAAUCUUCCGGUCCAAUGAAGUCGUCCGGCACAUCCCAUUCCCGGUUUGCAACGACACUUCCGUCGUCUGGAAGGAUUCCCUUUUCGACCAAACUCACGCCCUCCACCUCCGCCUAUACAAGCCCCGCGCCGCCCCCGCCGCCAAGCUCCCUGUCGUGUUCUUCUUCCACGGCGGCGGCUUCUGCUUCGGCUCUCGCACGUGGCCCAACAACCACGCCACCUGCGUCCGCCUCUGCUCCGGCCUCGGGGCGCUCGUUGUGGCGCCGGACUACAGGCUCGCUCCGGAGCAUCGGCUCCCCGCGGCCAUGGACGAUGCCUACGCCGCCGUGAAGUGGCUCUCCGGCCAGGCGCUGACCAGAAACCGUGAUGCUUGGCUGGAAAACUUGAUUGACUUCGAUCGGGUGUUUGUCGUGGGCGACUCCUCCGGCGGCAACAUUGCUCACCAUUUGGCAGUUAGGCUUGCAGCCGGGGGCUCGCCGGAGUUGCUUCCCGUCCGAGUACGCGGCUAUGUGAUGAUGGCACCGUUUUUUGGCGGGACCGUGAGGACCAAGUCUGAGGCCGAAGGCCCGCCGGAACCAACCUUGAAUCUCGAUAUUCUCGACAGAUUUUGGAGGCUGUCACUGCCGGUGGGAAAAAAUGCUGACCAUCCAUUGGCAAACCCUUUCGGACCGGAAAGCCCGAGACUGGAGGGUGUGAAGCUGGAGCCAAUCCUGGUGAUGGUGGGGGGCAGUGAGGUGCUGAAGGACAGGGCGGAGAAGUACGCGGCGAGGUUGAAAGGGAUGAAGAAGAGAGUGGAGUGGGUGGUGUUCCCGGGCAUGCAUCACGGCUUCUUCACCAAUGACCCUUUCCAUCAUCACCUCUCCGACCACGUCCUCCACAAACUCAUUCAUUUCAUCUCCCACCUCUAAUCAUAUACUACGUACAUGCAUUAAAUAUCAUGCCAAACUAAGCAUACAAUAAAUUCAUAUCAUGCAUUUAUGUACUCAGCUCGCGCGGAUCGUAAUAACACGCACGUACUAGCUAUACGCAUGUAUGUACUAGCAGGCAGCUUCAAUUUGGGUUUGUAUUGUAGGUAGUGUGAUAUCCUCCUAUCACACGUACGUUGUAUUAUAUUGUGCGUAAUCAUUUUGUAACUAAGUAUUGUAUGUAAACAAUAAUAAUGUAAUUAAUUUAUAUGGUACACCAAGUUGUACCAAGAGCAUGAUACAAGCUAGUGUAUAAUCGACAUUUUUGUAAUUAAUUUCAAUUCACUGGGUAUUAGU